UGUCUUUUUGUUAAAUUUCAGGAUCAAACUAUGUGGGCAUGUUUAGCUGCUAUGGCUGUUGCCAACAAAGACAUGGCUACAGCAGAAAUCGCCUAUGCAUCAAUUGGUGAGAUUGACAAAGUUCAGUAUAUCAAUUCCAUCAAAGAUCUUCCAUCAAAAGAGUCAAGGAUGGCUCAUACACUGCUGUUCAGUGGGAACACCCAAGAAGCUGAAACCCUGCUUCUACAAGCAGGCCUUAUUUAUCAAGCUAUUCAAGUCAACAUUGAUCUUUACAAUUGGGAUAGGGCUCUAGAACUAGCGGUAAAGCACAGGACGCAUGUUGACACAGUCCUGGCUUAUCGACAGAAGUUCCUAGAGGACUUCGGUAAAAAAGAAACGAACAAAAGAUUUUUGCAAUAUGCAGAAGGUCUGGAAGUGGAUUGGAAUAAAAUCAAAGCCAAAAUAGAGAUGGAAAUUGCUAAAGAAAGAGAACGAGCAGCAGCCGGUCCUGCAGUGAGAGCUAGUGUAACUGUACAGCAAUAACGGUCCUUUUGGUCACCUUAAGAAGUGCAUCUUUAAUAUUUUGUACUGGCAUAAAAUAAAAAAAAGCCACAGCAAACAUUUUGAGGGGAACAGGAGUGAGAGCUGGUGUAGUUCUUGUUAAUU